AUGGCUGUCACAGAGAAAACGCACGCCGUUACCGACGCGGAGCUUUCGAGCAGCAGCCGCACUCCAUCCUCGCACGGCGACACCUCUCCCCAGCAGACCGUCCUGAUCACGGCCGGCAACAACAAUGACCAGCCCUCUCAACCUGCCCAGCCGGCCAACGGUAUCCCCUUUGUCUGGAAGCUCGGCGCCGUGCUGCUCGUCUCGGCCAUCCGCUUCGGCUCCUCGUGGUCCGCCGGCAUCACCGGCGCCAUGAAGACGACCAUCAAGAAGGAGCUCAAGAUCAACAACUCGCAGUUCUCCCUCCUCGAGGCCAGCGAGGACUUUAUGGUGCUCAACCUGAUCCUCUGGUCCGGGCUGGUCACCGACCGCAUCGGCGGCGCCUCUGCCAUCAUGUACGGCAACAUCAUCUUCACCAUUGGCUCGAUCCUGGUCGCGGCGGCCACGCAGGUGCGCAGCUUCCAGUUCAUGAUUGGCGGGCGCGUUAUCCUCGCAAUCGGCGACAUCGCCACGCAGAUCGCCCAGUACAAGGUCUUCUCGAGCUGGUUCCCGCCAAACAACGGCUUUGCAUCUACAUUGGCAUUUGAGCUAGCGCUGGGCAAGAUAGGUGGCUUCGCUGGCAAGAGUUCGGCGAAUAUUAUUGCCAAGAACACCGGCAACUUCGCAUGGGUUUUCUGGGUCGCCGUCUUCAUGAACCUCUUCACCAACUUCGCCACGGCCGGCUUCUACUGGUUCAGCAAGGUCGCGCGGGCCCGGUUCGGGAACAACGUGGACCCGUCGACGGGCGAGCAGCUCACCGAGAAGAACAAGAGGUUCGAGAUCAAAAAGGCGCUCCAGCUACCCUGGAUCUUCUGGACCGUCCUUGCGUUCUCGCUGUUCCAGACUUCCGCGGCCAUCGUGUUCACCCAGAACGCGACGGAACUUGCCGAGCAGCGCUUCAACGUUGACUCCAUCACUGCGGGCUGGUACACGUCCUUGGUGCAGUAUGCCGGGUUCUUCCUGGUGCCGUGUAUCGGUGUCUUUGUGGACGUGCUGGGCAACAGACUGACACUGAUGACAAUCUGCGCCAUCGGCAUGGUCGCUUCCAUGUCCCUCGUCGCCUUUGCCACCACACCCUCAGGCACUGCCGCGGCCUUUGCCAUCUACGCCGUCGCCUCGUCCUUCGGUCCGACCAUCAUCAUCGACAGCAUCCGCACAUCCAUGUGGCACCAGUCCGUGUUCGGCUCUGCAUACUCGCUCAAGAUCGCCAUGAACAAUGCCACGAACAUCAUCGUCCGCAUCGUGACCGGCGCCAUCCAGGACAGGGACCACAACUCGUACGCCAACGUGGUCAUCGUGUACAUGGCACUGACGGUCGCCGCCCUCGCCGUGGCCGUGACCCUGCUCUCGUCGUCCUUCUGCCUCUCGCAGAACCUGCGCCACCUGCAGUGGACGCGGAAGCAGCGCCGCGCGGAAGGCGCGAGCUGGAACGAGCGGCGCAAGUCCUUCGAGGAGGGCGCGCAAGGGGAGAAGAACAGGCGGGUCUCGCUGAUCUGUCUGGGCUUGCUGGGCUUGCUGAUGGGUGGUGGAUGGGCAGCGUUCCUCUGGGGCGCCGUCAAUGGCAAGACCGAAUAA